CGCCGGCAGCAUGGCGGCAGCGCGGUGGUGGCGGCUGUGCGGGCGCUGGCGGCCUGCUCUUAUCGGGCCCGCCCUGGGGCCCACGCGGCGUCGCCUCUGGGCCCCCGCUGCCGCUGUCCCGGCCCCGCUAGGCUCCGCGCCGCCGCCCCGCGCCUCCUUCAGCGCCGGCUCGCGCUGGCACCAGCGCAGCCCCGGCGGUCUGCCGGGGGGCGAUGCACUGGAAGGCGGCGGCGAGGACAGCGGCGGUGGUGGCGGUGGCAGCGCGGACAGCGGCGGGGCCGGGCCGGUCAUAACGGCGUUGACGCCGCUCCUCGUCCCGGAGCAUUUCCCCAACGUCCCGCUCAUCGCCGUGACGCGCAACCCUGUCUUCCCGCGCUUCAUCAAGAUUAUCGAGGUGAGCUGCCGCCGAGCCCUUGGUCCCAGGGCCGGGGCUCGGCUCCGCUGGCCCGGCCUGGGCAGGAGCUGCCGCUGCCGCAAGGUGCCGGGGUCGCGGGCAGGAGGUGCUCUGGGCAGGCUCUCAGAGCGGUCGGAGGCUGCUCAGCCCGGCGUUGCGGCCUCGGGCGAGGAUCCCGGGGUUGUAUCACCCGAGGCUGUGCGGGGGUCAACGGCUGACCCCGCCGCUGUUGGUUCCGCCGAGAGUUGGGCCGCUUUCUUUGCCUUGGCAGGUUCCUUGAACUGCAGAGCAAGGCAGCUGCGUGCGUGA